GGAGGAGUUGGCCUAGAGUAGGACUUGGCAGGCAGAGGGACUGGGAUAUUCCCAGGCAGAACAGGGCAGAAGGUGACAAUAAUAACAGCUUCCUUAAAUUUUGUGCAAGGCAGACUGCUAGGCAGGCUACAUGUAUCCUCUCUGGAUUUCCACAAGAACCCUGAGAGACAGCAAUGCUCCUGCCCAUUUUUCAGAUGAGGAAACUGAGGCCCUGUGAAGUGAAGUGACUUGCCCACGGGCACAUAGCUGAUCUCCUGGGCGUGCCCGCACUUCUCGCUGCUCAUGCCGCUGGGACUGGGGCGGCGGAAAAAGGCGCCGCCUCUGGUGGAAAAUGAGGAGGCUGAGCCAGGCCGGGGUGGGCUGGGUGUGGGAGAGCCAGGGCCCCUGGGCGGAGGUGGGGCAGGUGGGCCCCAAAUGGGCUUGCCCCCCCCUCCCCCGGCCCUGCGGCCCCGCCUUGUGUUCCACACCCAGCUGGCCCACGGCAGUCCCACAGGCCGCAUUGAGGGCUUCACCAACGUCAAGGAGCUGUAUGGCAAGAUUGCUGAGGCCUUUCACCUGCCUGCUGCUGAGGUGAUGUUCUGCACCCUCAACACCCACAAAGUGGACAUGGACAAGCUUCUGGGGGGCCAGAUAGGGCUGGAGGACUUUAUCUUCGCCCACAUCAAGGGGCAGCGCAAGGAGGUGGAAGUGUUCAAGUCAGAGGACGCGCUGGGGCUCACCAUCACUGACAAUGGAGCCGGCUAUGCCUUCAUUAAGCGCAUCAAGGAGGGCAGCGUGAUCGACCACAUCCAACUCAUCAGCGUGGGCGACAUGAUUGAGGCCAUCAAUGGGCAGAGCCUGUUGGGCUGCCGGCACUACGAGGUGGCCCGUCUGCUCAAGGAACUGCCCCGAGGCCGCACCUUCACGCUGAAGCUCACGGAACCUCGCAAGGCCUUUGACAUGAUCAGCCAGCGUUCCGGGAGUGGACGCCCUGGCUCCGGCCCACAACUGGGCACUGGCCGAGGGACCCUCCGGCUCCGAUCCCGGGGCCCUGCCACAGUGGAGGAUCUGCCCUCAGCCUUUGAGGAGAAGGCGAUUGAGAAGGUAGAUGACCUGCUGGAGAGUUACAUGGGCAUCAGGGACACGGAGUUGGCGGCUACCAUGGUGGAGCUGGGAAAAGACAAAAGGAACCCAGAUGAGCUGGCCGAGGCCCUGGAUGAACGGCUCGGUGACUUUGCCUUCCCAGACGAGUUCGUCUUUGACGUCUGGGGUGCCAUUGGGGAUGCCAAGGUUGGCCGCUACUAGGACUCCCACUGGACCUCAUGAUGACCUGGGCCCACUGGUCUGGUGGGGGUCCCCAGAGGGGACACCACAGCGCAGACCCCAGCGUCCAACUUGGGCCUAGCUCAGCAGCCCGAGGACGAUGCGGAGUGGGGGGGGGGGGCCAGGCCCCCGCCCCCCUCCAAUUGGUCCCA